AUGAUUGCCAUCUCCUGGAAUUGUAGGGGUGUUGUCAAUGGACGUGUUAGAAAGCACGUAAGAGAGCUUUUACUCUCGUCCAAAGCCGAUAUCCUUUGUCUCCUGGAGAUCCGUUCCCCCAGAGUGGAGGGUAUGGUUAAUAUGGCUAUUUCCAUGGGAUUCACUAAUCAUUUUCUAGUUGAGCCCAUUGGUUUUGCAGGUGGUUUGCUCCUCUUUUGGAAGCAGGGGCAAACAGAUUUACAGGUUGUUAAACACUCCUCACAGGCAAUCCAUACGAAGGUGGCAGGAGGCUAUGUCACGUUUGCCUAUGUCAGACCUAACCUGAUGGCCAAGUCUAGAUUUUGGGAGGACUGUAAGCUGUUCAGUAACUCUAUUCAGUGCCCUUGGAUUCUCAUGGGCGACCUCAAUGAUAUAUCUAUGGUAGAAGAGCAAUGGGGAAGUGAGUUUAUUAACAUCCCGGGUAUGCAAAGAUUCACCGAUGCUUUUAGUAGCUGUGGACUCAUAGAUCCUGGAUCGGUUGGUACUAAAUUCACUUGGUGCCGCUUUGUGGGUAACCGAGUUACUCAGAUGCGCCGACUUGAUAGAGUUCUUUGGAAUAUGGAUGCUCAGUUGGCCUUUCCCGAGGCCAAGGUUGUGGUCCUUCCACGGCUACACUCUGAUCACAACCCAAUUCUUUUCAUGGAUGUGGCGGGCGCACCGCCGGAUAGAAAUCUCCGUCCGUUCCGGUUCGAGGCAGCAUGGCUUAAUAGAGAAGACUAUGGUCUGAUUUGGGAAAAUGCCACGAAAGGAGGCGAGCAAGAUAUUGAUAACAUCCUUGGACAUAUCACAGAACAUAGCAAAUCCUGGAAUCGUGAUGUGUUUGGUAAUAUCUUUAAACGGAAGCGCGAUCUCGAGGCCAGGAUUCGGGGUAUCCAAUCUAGUCCCUACUAUGCUACCUCGAGGGGGCUCCAGGCCUUGGAAAAAUGGCUUGCCGCUAAUCUCAUGCGGGUGCUUGAUCAUGAAGAGACUCUCUGGUUCCAAAAGUCAAGGGCCAACUGGAUUAAAGAUGGGGAUAGAAACACCCGGUUCUACCAUAACUCCGCCAUUAUUAAGAGAAACAGAAACAGAAUCAGGUUCCUCAAAAUAAACGGUAAUUGGACGGAUGAUAAUAAUACUCUUGCUAACCAUAUCACUUCGUUCUUUGCUUCGCUUUUUGACAGAAUUGACAGGAAUGGGAGCUCAGAAUUGGUUCAGAUCGCAGAGGAUCGUAAGAUUUCGAGACAACAAGCCAGUCAGUUGUCUCGGAGAGCCACGAUAGAGGAAGUUAGGAAAGUAGUUCUUGGUAUGAAGAAGUUCAGUAGCCCCGGUCCAGAUGGCAUCCCGGCGGUUUUUUAUCAACAUUUUUGGGAAGAUAUUGGACCAACUCUUACGGGGUUAGUCAACCAGGCUCUUAGCACCAGCAAAGUCCCGACUUCUCUUCUGCGGGCGUUUAUUACUCUUAUUCCCAAAAAAGAUGUCCCGGAGACAGCCUCUGACUUUAGGCCCAUUACUCUGCUCAAUGUGGCUUUCAAAGUGGUGUCAAAAGUUCUAGUCAACCGUAUGAGGCCCAUCAUGUGUCGGCUUAUAGGACCUCACCAAAACAGCUUCCUCCCGGGCCGCUCAACGUUGGAUAACGUGAUUCUCACUCAAGAAGUUAUCCACACGAUGAAUAAGAAGAUGGGUAGAAAAGGACUUAUGGUCUUCAAAGUGGAUCUCCAGAAUGCCUAUGAUAGUGUGGAUUGGUCCUUCCUUGAAGAAACUCUUGAUGGGUUUGGUUUUCCCAGAAACAUCACGCAGCUCAUUCUCUUCUCUCUUAAAGAGAGUGACAUUUCUAUCCUUUGGAACGGUGGACAUCUGCCCUCCUUUUCCCCGGGACGUGGACUCCGUCAGGGGGACCCGCUUGCCCCUUACCUCUUUGACCUGAUUAUGGAAAGACUGGCCUUUGACAUCCAAAAAGAGGUAGCUGCGAAAAACUGGAAGCCCUUAUCGGUCUCUAGAGGCGGUAUUGGUAUCUCGCACCUUUUCUUCGCAGACGAUCUAAUGCUAUUUGGUGAAGCCUCGACACAUCAAGCUAUGGUUAUGAUGGAUUGCCUAAACAAGUUCAGUCACGCCUCCGGCCUUAAGGUAAAUCUCUCUAAGUCCCAAAUUUUUUGUUCACCCAAUAUUAAUGCAGGGGUCAAAAGAGGCAUUGGAGAACACACAGGAAUUCCGGUAACUUCGUCCCUAGGUACCUACCUCGGGAUCCCCCUUCUUCACAAGAGGGUUUCCAAGACGACCUUUUCAACCGUUACUGAUAAGAUGCGAAGAAAGCUAGCUAACUGGAAAGCUAGUACCCUAAGCAUGGCAGGUAGAAGGGUUUUGGUCCAGUCCUCUCUAGCCACAACUCCAACCUAUAUCAUGCAAUCCAUGGCCUUACCGGUAAGUACUUGUAAAAGUAUUGACAAGAUUUGCAGGAACUUCUUAUGGGGGCACUCGGAAGACACAAGAAAGGUGCACUCGGUCAGCUGGUCUGAGGUGUGUGCACCACGAGACAUGGGGGGGUUGGGUCUAAGGCAAACCCAAGAGGUCAACAAAGCCUUCCUCACUAAGUUUGCGUGGCAAAUGGUUUCCAAUAAAGAUAAACUCUGGGUCCAGAUUAUGACCCAGAAAUACAUGAAAGACGUGAAUUUCUUCUCGGUUGACACUUCCAAUAACUGUUCCUGGGGAUGGAGAAGUAUUAUCAAAGGGCGCCAAAUUCUCCAACAAGGCGUCAAAUGGAAAAUUGGUAAUGGUAACACCCUCAACUUUUGGCACGACCACUUGGUUGGGGACGUCCCGCUUGCUUCCCUCCCAAAUGUUGUGCAUCCCCACGAUGCGGUGCAACAAACGGUUAGUCACUUUAUUUCCCCAAAUAGAACCUGGAAUACCAGACUCUGCUCAGACUUACUGCCGACGCCUGUAGUCGACACUAUUCGGGCGGUCCCGAUCAGCAUCAACAGCGAGCAACAAGAUUCCCUAUCGUGGUCUCCUUCAGGUACGGGCCUUUUUUCUGUUAAAUCUGCUUAUUCCUUAAUUGCAGGUCAUACCGGGGAUCCUACUGAUCAAGGCUGGAUGUGGAAUCUGAAAUGCAUGGAAAAAAUAAAAAUCUUCAUUUGGAAAAUUAUCAACAAUGGGGUCCUUGUAAAUGCUGAGAGGAAGCACCGAGGCCUCACCUAUGAUGAUUCCUGCCCAAGAUGUGAGAGGGAACAAGAAUCGCUAGACCACCUCUUCCGUAGAUGCGAGUUGGCAGCUGAAUGCUGGAAUCUCUGCCACCCCCCGAAUCACUUUGAUGCAACCUCCAUCUGCCCCCUGACAAGCUGGAUCAGAAAUGCCGGCUGCUCGUCGCCACCUUCUGCCAGCGACAUCAACUGGAGCAUCUUCUUCCCUCACAUGCUGUGGAAUCUUUGGAAAGUAAGGAAUGAACUCGUGUUCAACCAUAAUGAUAUACCAGCGAGGGAGAUUUGGAGACGGGCUGCCCACCAGACAGAAGAAGCAAAGCAUCACCUUCUUAAUCAUAGAGGCCCGAGCAUAGCGAAACAGAUUUGGGUAAACUGGUCACCACCUCCUCUGGGAUGGAUGAAGCUCAACUCGGAUGGCUCUAGGAAAUCUUGCUCCGGCAUGGCCAGUGCUGGAGGCCUGCUUCGUGAUCAUAUCGGUAACUGGAUUAGAGGGUUCACCUCUAAAAUUGGCAUUACAAACAGUUUUAUUGCCGAGCUCUGGGGUCUCCGCGAGGGGCUCAUUAUGGCUAAAAAUGAGCAGAUCUUGAAACUCAUCAUAGAAUCGGACUCAGAGGCGCUAGUUCAGGCUCUUCGCAUGGACUCGAGAUCCAGUCCGGAGGCGGAUACCUUAAUUCUGGAUUGCAAAGUCUUAAUGGAAGGUUUCCUCGACCAUGAACUCCGGCAUGUCCUCCGUGAAGGCAACCAAAGUGCUGACUACCUAGCAAACAUGGGGCAUGGCAAUCCUUGGGGAACAACUUUGCUGGACUUCCCACCUAUAGACAUGAUCUCCCUUCUUGUGCGUGACGCCAAUGGCGUCGCAACUAGAAGGAUUGCUUAG